AUGGCAGCCCGACGAGAACUGCGCAAGACUUCGCGGUACACGCGCGCAAUGCAGUCCGCAAAUGCUCAACAAGAAUUGUAUAUGAACACCCGUUUCAAAAAGGCGUACCCAGAGUUUAUCCGCCAUCAAAUGUUCCCACACGACACUUACAUUCCUGAAAAGGAGCGCCUUCAAGCCGAUGAAUGGCCGCUCAUGCUGGGCGACCGAGUGCAGGUUGUAAAACCUAACAAGGGGUUUUCUGAUGACCGUGGGAAGGUGGGUAAGAUUGUGCACAUUGAUACCCGAGCCAAUAUGGUAUUUGUCGAUGGUCUUGGCGGUACCAAGCGUCUUGUUGUUCCACCACAAAGUUUCUCCGAGGGUCAGACUCGUCCUGUUGUUGAUGUCCCUCAAGGAAUGCCCAUUAAGAAUGUGAGAUUGGUGGUCACAGUCCCCGCUGAGGAAGAUGGUCAGCCUGAUAAGGAUGUGGCUGUACACAGUCUUUUCAUUGACAAGGAAAACAAAUAUUACGACCCUGAUUAUAAUCAGUUUCUCUCCACACGUGUACUCGAACAUGACCGUGAGGUUGAGAUUCCCUGGCCACGUCCAGCCAAGCUGCUUGAGCCUACCACUGACACCGAGCUCACUACUGCGGCUGGUGUUGCCAGUGAGCGUACCUUUUAUGCCAAAUCACUUGUUGAACCUCCAGUUCCUGUGGCUGCUCUUCCUCAGAUUCGCAACAUCCAUUCCAAGUUCAAGCGUCAUAAGCUUAUAACCCCACAAGAUAUUUUGCGUUUCACUACGCCCGUCAUGCCUACACCACCUGCAAAGAAGGCAUACCUUGCAAAGGCCGAGGAGAGGUUCGGUUCAGAUAAGAGUAAGGUUAGACCUAAGCAUCUCGAUGAUUCUGAGUUUGCUGAAAUUGAGGACUUUAUUGGCAAGGAAAUUGAAAAGGGAUUGGAGAGAAGACUGACAGAGGAGACACAGGCUUAUGCCCAGUACCAGUAA